UCUAUUAUAUCUCUUCCCCUUCUUCUCCUCUUCAUCCAGCCCCUCUCUCUCUUGCCUUCAAGCUUCCCACAGACCGGGAAAUUAAUUGAGGUAAACGCUAAAACCUUAACAUUUCUACUCCAGCAUGGGAAUUUGAGUUAUGACUGGCUCGGUUUCUGUUAUCUGCUCUCUGCAUCUGCAUCACUCCGCUAGAUUUGAUUUAUGUUUCCGAUCCGACUGCUUGUUGCUCUCGCUCGUCUCGUAAUCACUCCCUGUUUAGUUUGUUGAGAAGGAGGAGAGCUUAUUUUCGAAGAUAUAGAUAGAAUUUGAAACCACGGCUUCAAGCUCUUCGGAAUUCCAUUGAAUUUGACGUGGAAUUUUGAAUUCUUGUUCCUCUUAGAUUUCAUAGAAUAUAAUUAUAGUUUCUGAUCCGAAAUAUAAAAAAAAUCCGGCGCCAACUGGCCGUCGUCGAUGGAGCUCCCUCAAUCCCGGCCUUUCGGAGCUGAAGGAAGAAAACCAACGCAUGACUUUCUUUCUCUGUACAGUCAUUCAAGUGUUGAACAAGAUCCAAGGCCACCUUCUCAAGGCGCAUACCUUAAGACUCGUGAUUUUUUACAACUGGAACAACAAGGAAAUCAAAUUGCCAAGAAGGAAACAGUGGUCGAGGUAGCGAGUGUUGAAAAGCCACCACUACCGUUGGUGGGACGCAUUCUUCCCGGCGAGAUUGGAGCUUACAGUAUAAGCCACAUUUCCUAUUUUAAUCCUAGAGCCCCAAAGGCAGAGGGAGCCGUAUUCACUGUUGCCGAAGGAAGUAGUACGGAGAGAAAUGAUGAAAACUCAAACUGCAGUUCUUACACUGGAAGUGGUUUCACUUUGUGGGAAGAAUCUGCAGGAAAGAAGGGAAAGACAGGGAAGGAGAAUGCGGGAGAAACACCCUUUGUAAUAGAAUCAGCGGGGAAGGUGGGACAGUGUGCCACGACGUCGUUGGACAAAGGGUCUCAGUCGUCGACCAACAACCAUCCCAAGAGUUUCAGUUGUCUCUCUUCCUCUCAACCAUCAUCAAAGCAGAAAAGUCAAACCUUCAUGGAAAUGAUAAAAUCUGCAAAAGGUAGCUCGCUUGAUGAUGAUUUUGAAGAAGAUGAUGAUUUUAUUCUCAAGAAAGAGAGUUCCAUCACCACCCAUAAUAUAGGAGAAUUGAGAGUGAAAGUGGAUGGAAAGAGUGCCCCUGAUCAGAAGGCCAACACCCCAAGGUCAAAACACUCUGCUACUGAACAACGAAGGAGGAGUAAAAUUAACAACAGAUUUCAAAUGCUGAGAGAUAUCAUUCCAAAUAGAUACCAAAAGAGAGAUAAAGCCUCGUUCUUAUUAGAGGUUGUUGAGUACAUUCAGUUUUUACAAGAAAAACUAAACAAAUAUGAAGGAACGUAUCAAGGUUGGAGCAAUGGACCAUCAAAAUUGAUACCAUGGAGAAGCAACCAGAGGCCUACAGAAAAUCAUGCCGAUCAAUCUCAAGCUGUUAAUGGCACCGUCAACCCAACCGUUCAUGAAAGUGCAGAGAGCCCUAUCGAACCUCCUAAUAUGAGCAGAGCUACUACCAGCUUCAGAGCGAUGGACCUUAGCCCGGGAAUGAUGAAUAAAACGAUGCCCUUUCCGAUGUCACUACAGCCAAACUUCAACUCUGCUCUGAACUCCGUUCCAGCAACUCAAGUUGUAUCUAGGUUGCCAUCUGAUGCAGAAAACAGUAUACCUCAGCCUCAAACUAUACCAUGUCAUACUGGUUCCUGUGCUACUAAUGGUUCAAUUCCUAAUGAGAAGCAGAAAGAACAAGAGCGGACAGUUGAAGGUGGAACGAUUAGCAUCUCAAGCGCAUAUUCGCAACGGUUGUUGAAUAAGCUAACACAAGGCCUACAAACUUCUGGACUAGAUUUGUCACAAACCAGCAUCGCAGUGCAAAUUGAGCUCGGGAAGCGAUCGAACUGCCGACCGUCGGCUCCCGCAUCCAUACUUAAGGGCACGGCGGCUCCCUCCGUAAAUCAAGGGAAGACACGCCCAAGAGUUGGAUGCGGUGAGGAUUCUGAUCAACCUUUAAAGAAGCUUAAAACAUGAAUGAGAUAUUCAUUAUUAUUAAUCAUUUUUUGCUGGGUACAAUGCCCUUAAGGGUUGUGCACUCGCCAAGUUUGAUAAACACUACCAAAUAACUAAUCAGUCAGCUAAGAUAAAAUAUCCAUCCAUGUACAUGUUAUCUUCAUUCGGGUAAGUAUUGCAUACAAAUAUAUGUUC